AAGCGAAAGCCCAGUCCGAGUUCCCCCAUGGCCAUGAAAUCCGUAGACAAAUCCAAAGCCGAAGCAAUUCAAAGGGUACCCUCUAUUUCUCUUUCCCUCUCCUCUCUUUUCCUUUGGGGCUCUCUCAGUCUCUGCUGAGUGCUCACGGCGCGGGAAAAAAAAGCUCUCUUUUUCCCCCAAAACCUCCCUCCCUCCAAAAUUAAACCCAACCCAUCGCCAUCUCUCUCUCUCUAAAACCCUAAUUUCCAUUUUCCACCACCCCAUUUCCUCUAUUUCUCCCAACCCAUCUCCCCCUUUCCCGGAUUGCCGCCGCUUUUGGCUGCCUUUUGUCGCCGGAGGGAGCAGAAGUGGUGGGGCCUUUUGCUCUCUCUCUCUUUGUGUUUCGUUUGUCAAUGGCGGCAUUACCUCUUGAGCGGCGCCUGAAGCCACCAAUUAUGGAUGGUGAAGACGGAGACGACAUCAAUAUCGAUGUCUACAAUGCCGGCACUCCGGUUCGGUACCUCUCGCUUGAUCAUGUCUACUCCACUACGUCUCCGUUCGUCAGUACAAGUGGGUCUUCCAAUGUCAUGUCCAAGAAGGUCAAGGCCCGGAGGCUUGUGGUGAAUCACUUCGACGAUCUUAAUUUCAAGCCGCCUCGUCUUCUCCAUGUCUAUUCUCGCCGCCGGAAGAAGCCCCGCCAUUCGCCGGUUGAGAACGUCGAAUUGGGCCCUGUGAAGUCGGAAGUUCGUGAGAUGGAUGAGAUGGUGAAUGGUGAUGAUGAACAUGCAGGCGAGUUCGAAGUUGAGAGGAUGUCGCAGAAGAAGAAGAAGAAGAGGGAUAAGUUUGGGUGUAAUGAGCUUGUUAAAUUGGAGGUUGAUUCCAGUGUUAUUCGUGCGAUGAAUGGUCCGAGGUUGAGAGACUGCCGCACCCAUAACAAUAACAGUAGUAAUUCUGGACGGAGGAGAAAGCGCAAUUCUUCUGGGAUGGCUGAGAAGACUAUAUUCAAAUCUCCUUCUAGUAAGAGAUGGGUCAGGUUAAGUUUUGAGGAUGUCGAUCCAAAAGUAUAUAUUGGAUUACAAUGCAAGAUUUAUUGGCCAUUGGAUGCUGAUUGGUACAGUGGUCGUGUUGUGGGUUAUGAUUCAGAGACUAAUCGUCAUCAUAUUGAAUAUGAAGAUGGUGACAAAGAAGAUUUGAUUCUUUCAAAUGAGAAAGUCAAAUUUUAUAUUUCUGGGGAAGAGAUGCAGUCUUUGAACCUGAGUUUCGGUGUUGAUAGUGUAGAUAGUGAUGCUUAUGACUACAAUGAAAUGCUUGUGUUAGCAGCAAGCUUGGAUGACUGCCUGGAACCUGAACCUGGGGAUAUUGUCUGGGCCAAACUUACUGGUCAUGCUAUGUGGCCAGCAAUUAUAGUGGAUGAAUCACUUAUUGGUGAUCGCAAGGGCUUAAGAAAUAUUUCAGGAGGAAGAACAGUCCCUGUUCAAUUUUUUGGCACACACGACUUUGCCAGGAUUAAAGUUAAACAGGCGAUCUCAUUUCUCAAAGGUCUUCUUUCUUCUUUCCACCUGAAAUGCAAGAAACCACACUUCAUUCGGAGCCUAGAAGAGGCAAAAAUGUAUCUUAGUGAGCAGAAACUUCCACCAAGUAUGCUACAGUUGCAAAAUGGAAUUGAAGUGGAUGAUUCUGCAAGUGCAAGUGGAGAGGAAGAAGUGACAACAGAUUCAGGGGAAGAAUGCCUAAAUGAAGGAGGGAUGCCUCGUCCACCCAAUGGAUAUGGAUCUUCUCCAUUUAUUGUUGGGGAUUUGGAAAUAGUAAGCCUUGGGAAGAUUGUCAAAGAUUCUAAAUAUUUCCAGAAUGAUGGGUCUGUAUGGCCUGAAGGGUAUACAGCUGUGAGGAAAUUUUCUUCUUUAACUGAUCCCAAUGUCCGUACCUUAUAUAAAAUGGAAGUUUUGAGAGACUAUGAAUCAAAAUUUCGACCUUUAUUCAGAGUAACGUUGGAUAAUGGAGAGCAGUUUAAAGGAUCCUCUCCAUCUGCUUGCUGGAAUAAAAUAUACAAAAGGAUGAAGAAAAUACAACAUACUUCUGAUGCUUCUACCGAAGGUGGAGGGGAAAUUGUAUACAAGUCUGGUUCUGACAUGUUCGGUUUCUCCAAUCCAGAUGUUAAGAAACUCAUAAAGGGGAUUUCUAAAUCUGGACUUUCUUCUUCCAGAUCCUUGAGCAAAGUAACCUCUAAAAAAUACAAAGAUUUUCCCGUUGGGUAUAGACCUGUUCGUGUUGAUUGGAAGGACCUUGACAAGUGCAGUGUUUGUCAUAUGGAUGAGGAAUAUGAAAAUAACCUCUUCUUGCAGUGCGACAAAUGCAGAAUGAUGGUUCAUGCUAGGUGCUAUGGAGAACUAGAACCGGUUGACGGAGUGUUAUGGCUAUGCAACUUGUGUCGGCCUGGAUCUCCUGAUUGUCCCCCACCAUGCUGCCUGUGUCCUGUCAUAGGAGGUGCAAUGAAGCCUACAACAGAUGGACGCUGGGCUCAUCUUGCUUGUGCUAUUUGGAUACCUGAAACGUGUUUAUCUGAUAUCAAGAAAAUGGAGCCUAUUGACGGUCUUAAUAGAAUCACUAAGGAUCGUUGGAAGCUGUUAUGUAGCAUCUGUGGGGUCUCUUACGGAGCUUGCAUUCAAUGUUCGAACAAUACUUGUUAUGUAGCAUAUCAUCCUCUUUGUGCACGAGCUGCUGGGCUUUGUGUUGAGCUUGAGGAAGAUGACAGGCUCCAUCUACUUGCUGCGGAUGAAGAUGAAGAAGAUCAGUGCAUUCGCUUACUUUCCUUUUGCAAGAAACACAGGCCACCAUCUAAUGAGCGUUUAAUGGCCGAGGACCGUAUAGGGCAAUCUGGACAACAGUGUUCUAAUUAUACUCCACCGUGCAAUCCAUCUGGUUCUGCUCGUACAGAACCCUAUAAUUACUUUGGAAGAAGAGGGCGCAAGGCACCUGAAGCCCUUGCUGCUGCAUCCUUGAAACGCUUGUUCGUUGAAAAUCAGCCUUAUAUAGUGAGCGGUUAUUCCCAACAUUUGUUAUCAGGGAACUUAUUGCCUUCCACUGGAGUCCUAGGCUUGAAGUUUUCUCUUCAGAAUUUGAAAACCAGUCAGCUUGAUCCUCGAAACAUACUUUCUGUGGCUGACAAAUACAAAUUUAUGAGGGAGACCUUCAGGAAGAGACUUGCGUUUGGGAAGUCUGGGAUUCAUGGAUUUGGAAUCUUUGCUAAGCAUCCGCACAGAGCAGGGGAUAUGGUAAUCGAAUACUCCGGAGAGAUUGUUAGACCUCCCAUUGCUGACAGGAGAGAGCGUUUCAUAUAUAAUUUAUUGGUGGGGGCUGGCACUUACAUGUUUAGAAUUGAUGAUGAACGAGUAAUUGAUGCUACAAGGGCCGGAAGCAUCGCUCAUCUGAUCAACCACUCUUGUGAGCCAAAUUGCUACUCAAGAGUUAUAAGUGUCAAUGGAGAUGAACACAUAAUAAUCUUUGCGAAGAGAGACAUUAAGCGAUGGGAAGAACUUACAUACGAUUAUAGAUUUUUUUCCAUUGAUGAACAACUAGCAUGUUACUGUGGAUUUCCUAGAUGUCGGGGUGUUGUCAAUGAUAUGGAAGAAGAAGAGCGAGUUGCAAAGCUUUACGUAUCUCGAACGGAUUUAGUAGAUUGGAGAGGAGAAUGAGGCAGAACUACCAUAUAAAGUUUGCCCAUGGAAGCUCACCUCCAGCAAGUUUGCCCGUGACCUUGCCAUUUUCGUGACAUUUUGCACUGGGAAUCGGUUUUCGAGUUCUGGUUGCACAACUCAACGAUGUCAAAUCAGGCAAUCUUCUAUCAAAAAAAUCACCCAAUUUUUUUUUCAAUAUCAUAUUUCUUCUUUGUACGAACAUAACUUGUGAGAGAUGUUGAGUUUAGCAGUCGUAAAUUUACGAUAUUAGCAGCAUGCGUCAAUAGGAAAGGUUAUUCUUAGUGUGGUUAAGAUGGGUCCAUUGCCCUUGGUUUUGUAGAUUUGCCAAAGUGCUUCCAUUGUUAACCAUUAAUCUUCUGUACAGAAUACUCUCAAAGUAAUGGAAAAUAAUUGUUCUAAAGCUUUCUUGUUA